AAGCACACAUAUAACGUUUUCACGUCACUCCCAUUAAAUACCAGUUGAUUAUACUCCUCCUUCCUCCUCUCCUCUCCUCUCCGUGUGUGUUUGAUCAUCUCAUCUACCUCUUCCAUUUCAUCCAGCUAACUCCUUCUAUCAAUCACUUUAUUCGAUUAAAAUGGGCGAGGAGAGCGAGUCAACUCAGUCGCUUCCCCUCGGCGCCGCCGCAGCCGACGACGCCGUUUCCAUCAACGUCCGCUGCUCCAACGGCUCCAAGUUUAGUGUCCGAGCGAGUGUGGGAUCCACUGUGUCGCAGUUCAAACAAGUCGUCGCGGAGAAUUGCGAUGUUCCAGCUGUGCAGCAGCGGCUGAUUUACAAGGGACGGAUCUUAAAGGAUGAUCAAACCCUAGAUAGUUAUGGUCUUCAAGCUGACCACACCGUGCACAUGGUUCGGGGUUCUCCCCCUAUUGCAUCGCCACCAGGUGCUGCAGCUUCGAGUGUUGGAAAUCCAAAUGCCACUACCAAUGCUACCCAGCCUGUUAAUCCUAUUGAUGGAGGGGGUUUAGGAGGUGCUGGUCUUGGGGCAUCACUGUUAAACGGUCUUGGUGGUUUUGGUGGGCUUGGCUUAGGUGCAGGCAGUGGUACUGGUGCUCAGGGCUUAUUUGGAGCUGGACUUCCAGAGUUUGAACAAGUUCAACAGCAACUUGCUCAAAAUCCCAACAUGAUGCAGGAUAUGAUGAAUACACCAGCCAUUCAGAACUUAAUGAAUAACCCAGAGAUAAUGCGCAGCUUGAUUAUGAGCAACCCCCAAAUGCGUGAUAUCAUUGAUCGGAACCCGGAACUUGCGCAUGUUCUUAAUGAUCCUGGCAUUCUUAGGCAGACAUUGGAGGCUGCUAGAAACCCUGAACUCAUGCGUGAGAUGAUGCGCAAUACUGAUAGGGCAAUGAGUAACAUUGAAUCAUCUCCUGAGGGUUUUAACAUGCUUAGGCGCAUGUACGAAAAUGUUCAGGAACCUUUCCUGAAUGCUACAACAAUGGGUGCAGGGGCUGGAAACGAUUUAGGAUCAAAUCCAUUUGCCGCGCUUCUAGGAAAUCAGGGUGGUGGUAACCAAGGCACAAAUGCCUCUAGCGACACUUUGAACACCGGUUCUGAAGCAGCUGCAGGGACUACUAUUCCUAACAGCAAUCCUCUUCCUAACCCUUGGGGUGGUACUGCUGGUUCCCAAACAAAUACUGCUGCAAGGUCAAAUCCAACAGGAGAUGCAAGGGGAGCAGGAAUUGGUGGUCUGGGAGGACUUGGUCUCCCAGGGUUGGAUCAAAUGGGCGGUGUUCCGGAUCCAUCAGCGAUGAACCAACUUCUGCAAAAUCCAGGUGUUUCACAGAUGAUGCAGAGUCUGCUUUCAAACCCACAAUACAUGAAUCAGUUUCUUGGAACUAAUCCUCAACUCCAGAGUAUGUUUGACAUGAACCCUCAAUUAAGAGAAAUGAUGCAGAAUCCAGAAAUCAUUCGUCAGCUUACGUCUCCAGAAAUGAUGCAGCGGAUGUCGACAUUUCAUCAGGCACUUCUUUCUCAGCAGAACAGACCACAAACAACUCAGGAACCAGCUCAAACUGGUGGGACUACAGGUGCAGGAGCACAAAACAACAUGGGACUGGAUAUGUUGAUGAAUAUGUUUAGUGGACUUGGUGGACUUGGAGCUGGUGGCUUGAAUGUCCCAAACACUUCCAAUGUGCCUCCAGAAGAACUCUAUGCUACUCAACUUUCGCAACUUCAAGAAAUGGGUUUCUUUGAUACCCAAGAGAAUAUCAGGGCAUUGCGUGCUACCUCAGGGAAUGUGCAUGCAGCAGUGGAGAGACUUUUAGGCAACCUCGGGCAGUAGCACCAUUUCUGUUUCCUCGGAAACUUGGUGGUGUGUAAACUUAAUCAAGUAAUACAAGUGUCUUGUACAGACAAUAGACAUGUCAGGCACUUGUUUUAAUAAGUUAAACAUUUACAUAGUUAGAGUUGAGAACUUGGUAAAUGGUGUGGCCUUUGUAAAACAGGAGUCUCAAACAUCCUCCCUUAGCAUAUGCCUGCCUGUUUGUGUACAUGCAUUGUUAAAAUUUUUGUUUUAAAUUAUUAUUAUAAACAAUUGUUACAGUUCCGGAGACUAA